AUGAGUAUCAUCGGCUCCAUCAUAUCGUUCUCGGACCGCUCGUCGAGGAGCGUUGCCCCCGCCCGCGCUGGCCUCUUCUCCCUGAAAGCCCUCAUGGACAGUCUGCUAGCUAUCGCUACUGGCCUCGUUCUCCGUGCUGUCGUUUCACUAGUCACCCACGAUGAUCUUCGCACAAGCUGCACCCUCAUAGGCGUCUGGGAAGGCAUCGUGCUCAUGCACUUCCUCAACAAAAUGCCGCGCUCAUACGACCCGUACGUUGCCUACGGCGUGCGCCUCUUCAUCGACUUUAUCUGGACAGAAAGCCUGUAUCGGCUGGUGGUCGUGUUGCUGUGGACGGGCAUGGGCAUGGUGCUAGCGGACAUUACACCGAUCUUCUGGUACGACAUGGGGCUACGCAAGGUGUGGCACAGUCUGCGGCGCGACGUGUACAUCAUGUCGCGUUCCGUGCGCGCACUGCUGCCCUUCACAGCGAAGCCGCGUUCAUCCCGCGUGCGAUUCCACGAGCGGACGAGGUCGGCGUCGAGCAGAUACGCGCCGACGAUGACGACUACUGCGCCGAGUGGCGCCCCGAGCACGUUUUCCAUCACCACGACGACGACGAGCACGACUGCGACACCCGCUACCCGCACAGCGAUACCCCCCACCCCCGCUCGCCCGCGGAGAGUACCAGGCUCGUUCCCCGGCUACACCUCUGAAAGCGACUCAGUCGCCGGACUGCCCCCCCUCCCUGGGUCUGGGUCCCGAUCAGUGGCAUCGUCUGUGCUAUCUGACGCGCCACCGCACGGCACCUCGCACUCUCAAUUCAGAACCCUAGACAACGAAAUCCUCUCGUCGUCUAGCUCGACUGUCUCAGACGACUCGGACAUCCUCAACCGCCUCAACCCGACCGAACUGCCGGACAUCGAUCAGCUGCAGCAGCAGGAGGCGCAGGCGCAGGCUGUCAAGGGCGAAGAGACCCCGAAGCCGACGCCGAUGGUCCUUCCCCCGACACCAGCGGAUACCCUGCGCGAUAUCGACAUCCGGCGCGCGAACGAGGUCGUUGAGGAGGCGCCGCCCACGGCCACCAUGCCUGUCAUCCCCGACCAGAACGAGUGGGGCUUCAACGAAGGCUGGGAGGAGAUCGACCGGAACGAGGUGCCCCCCGCAUCGCACGCUACCUCUCGUAAUCAGAGCGAACAUGGUGACGGGGGCGACCAGCACGAAAAGAACUUGCCUCCUACCCCAGAUGAUUCAGGUAUCCAAAUGCCCGUCCCGGAGCCUGCCAGCCCGCCCAGUAUCCCCGUGCCCUCUCCGCACCACAGCUCCAGACACGAAACGCUCGACCCCCCGCCGUCCUUCGAAGACAUCUACGGCCCCGACGCAAACGAUGUUCCCUACGACGCCCCACAGUCGCACUCGCUCAUUGAUUUCGGAGGGAAUGACCAGAAUGAUUAUAAUACUGGGAAUUAUGCCGAUGAGGCGGAGGGUCUGCGCGACGAUGAAGAGGCGCAGGAUGAAGGAGGGGACGCAGAAAACCGCCACCUGGAGUCGAACACGCCCCCUCCUGAGGCGCAGAAUAAUCAAGAGGAGAACGACGGGCAGGAGCAAGAGCAGGAUCAACCACAGGAUCAACAAGGCCAGGAUCAACAACAAGAGCUCGACCAACAACAAGAGCUCGACCACCAACAAGAACAGGACUCACCACAAGUGCCUCCUCCUUCCCCAUCACCACCUCCUUCCCCCGUCCUCGCCACGCCACUGCCCCUACCUGAAAGGGUGGACGAGGCGGUGCUGCUUCAUCAGACGAUCUCAGAUCUGGCUAAGGAAGUCGAAGAGGCGAAGCAGGCCCAGGAAGAUGCGAACAAGUCCGGCGACAAAGCCGGUGCCAUCGCGGAGGCUGUCACUGUCGCCUCGAAGGAAAGAGCAUUAGAGAGGGCGAAGAAGAGACUAGCGAGGCGGAUCUUCGUCGAUAAUAACCCGGUUGACACCAAUGCGAUCACAUUGGCCGGGUUGGGGCCAGAAGAGGGCAUUGCUUUUGUAGAAGAGACUCUCGAGAAACUCCUCCUCACUCCUGGACACGGAUUCACUGAGCUGCAAGUUACGCUUGUUGGGAAAAAGCAGGCCCUCAUCAAGACUUCCAUGGCUAACAUGCUGGAUAAGCAUCACUUCAACUACGCAUUCAAGCAAAAGAACCUGACCAUCCAACUUCCCCUGUCAUGA